AUGACGCCAUGCUCCAAGGCACAACUUGUCCUCAAGGAGAUGGCAAAUGGGGGCAGCAAUGCCAUUAUCAUCACCACAGCCGUUUUGUUGGGCUUUUCGCUAAUCACUAUCUGUCUCCGGUGUUUUGUCCGGCUGAAAAUUGUGAAGUCAUUUGGAUCCGAUGAUGUGUUGUUGGUAACGGCGGCAGUUUUUAAUGUGGUAUUCGCUGUAUGUGGAAUCGUGGGCGCCUUGCAUGGGAUGGGAAAGGCGCCGGCGUAUUUAAGUCAUAGACCGGACGAUGUUCGCCGCGGGUUGCUGUGUUGGUGGCUAGGACAAAUAUUUUACGUAUUUACUUGCACCAUUGCAAGACUAUCUAUUGCCACCACCCUUCUACGUCUUACGAUCCAGCGCAUCCAUUUGUGGGUUCUUUACGGUAUUAUGGUGAUUUCGACUGCGAUGGGAACCGUCUUUCUUUUCUUCACAAUCUUCCAAUGUCGCCCAGUCGCACAUUAUUGGAAUCGAUCAUCAACGAAAGGCCGCUGCCUCGACAUAAACAUUCUGCUUGGUAUCGUCUAUAUGUACAGUGGGGUGGUGGCAGCAUGCGAUUUCACCAUUGGCUCCUUACCUAUUUUCAUGGUCAGGAGGCUUCAAAUGAAGCGUGGAACGAAAUUCGCCGUGUCGGCAAUUUUGGGACUUGCUUAUAUGUUCGUAUGCUCUAUUUCCCCUCUUAUCCUAGAGCUUAUGCUGAUAAUGAGCAGAGCUAGCGUGGCUGUCAUAGUCCGUAUCCCAUUUCUGCAUUACGCAGGUAGACCAGACUUCCUUUGUGAGUUGAUUCAUAUCGUCCACAUACCUCUUCCGUCUAAUUUAGCAGACGAAACAACACAGAUUUCGAUAUGGUCGAAUGUAGAAGCCAGUUUAGGGAUUGCUGCCGGUAGCCUAAUGACGCUUCGACCUUUGCUUCGAGUUUUAUCAAAUUCGGGUUCAUCAGUAACGAACCAGCCCAGACGCGUUACUUCUUUUCCGAUGCUGAGUAGUUGUUCUGAUGGCGAGGACCUUCAAUCGCCCUGCGAAUGCCAAACUCACUCUUAUAAUUGCGGUCAAUUUGCAAAUUAA